GAUAAUAGAUAAGACUACAAUAAUCUCCAGCAAAUUUUUUCUUCCUUGCCCAGUUUUUUCAACUUUUUAACCAUCGGUCUGCAUUUUUUUCUUUCGCUUUUGUUUGAAGAAUUUCUAAUUUUACACGAAUUCCGUAUUUAUUCAAAUAAUGCGUCUUUUGAUUCUUGAAUUCAAGUCUAUCUCAUAGUUAAAAAUUUAAAAUCAUAAUAAAUUGAAGUAAUAGGCAAUGGCAGCCAUAGCCACAUUCUGCAGUACAAAUCAUGGGUCUGGCAUCAAGAAACUAAACGAUUACCUCCUGAACAAGCAGAGUACUACGAGGACUCAUCCAGUAUUCUCCAUUCCAGAUUCAAGGCAAAGAUUAUUAUGCUAUAAUGGUAGCAACAAAAAUACACACACUAGACAACUAAAAUCUAAGCCAAAUCAUAUGCGUCUUGGAAAUUUACUCAAGUGUAGAGCAGUGAAUGAUAAUGUAGCAGCUGAAGAGGAGAAGAAAGAAGAUAUUUCCCAGGCUACUUUGUUAUGGAGAGCCGUCAAAUUGCCAAUAUAUUCGGUCGCCUUGGUUCCUCUAACGGUAGGAAGUGCAGCUGCCUAUUUGCAGACUGGUGUACAUUUUGCCAGGCGAUAUUUUAUUCUCUUGGCUUCUUCAGUUUUAAUUAUCACUUGGCUCAACUUAAGCAACGACGUUUAUGAUUUUGAUACAGGAGCAGAUAAAAACAAGAAGGAAUCAGUUGUAAAUAUAGUUGGCAGUCGUACAGGGACGCUCAUUGUUGCUUGUUUAUUACUUGUUCUUGGUUUCGUCGGCCUUACUUGGGUAUCUGUGGAGGCUGGAAGUAUGCAUUCCUUAUUACUACUUGCUUCUGCAGUUAUUUGCGGGUACAUAUACCAGUGUCCACCAUUUCGUUUAAGUUACCAAGGACUGGGAGAACCUUUGUGCUUUUCGGCAUUUGGCCCAUUUGCCACUACUGCUUUUUAUUCGCUUCAGUGUGGCACAAGUGAGCUGACAAUUAAUGGCACGAUCAUCUCUGCGUCUCUUCUUGUUGGUUUUACGACAUCCUUGAUCCUCUUCUGCAGUCAUUUCCAUCAGAUAGAGGAGGAUAAGGCUGUUGGGAAGAUUUCGCCUUUGGUUAGGCUCGGUACUGAAGCAGGUUCAAAGGUAGUAAAAUUGGCAGUGGUGACAAUUUAUUCACUUCUGUUUGUUCUAGGACUUGGACAAAUAAUUCCUUUCUCAAGUGUUAUUCUUUGUGCUUUGACAGUGCCAAUGGGAAAUUCAGUAGUUAGCUACGUUGAGGAGAACCACAAGGACAAAACAAAGAUCUUCAUGGCUAAGUAUUACUGUGUGAGAUUGCACACUUUAUUUGGAGCAGCACUGGCUGCUGGAAUGGUAGCUGCUAGAAUGUUUGCUAGAAAACAACUUCCCUAUGCAGUCAUCCUUUAAGUUUUUUAUCAGGAAUUUCAAAGAAUUGUAUGCUCCAGUCUUGGGGGAUGCUCAUCUCAGUCAAACACCAUUUUCCCCUCUUCAUCAAGCAUCCGGAGGAGCUGCUUAUGGCACAUCGACCAAGUUCUUUGGUUUUUGUAUUUAGCCCUUGUUUGAGGUCCAUUCUUUUCAUAAGAAUGAAUUAUUGAAUAGUAUAUCGAUGAAAAAUAUAUAGAUAAAAAAUAAGAAAACAUUUU